AUGAAAGAACUUGGAGAACUAAAGCAUUUUCUUGGUCUAGAAGUGGAGCGAACCAAUGAUGGGAUAUUUCUCUGCCAACAGAAAUAUGCCCAAGAUCUUUUGGAUAAAUAUGAAAUGCUUGAUUGCAAGCCUAUGUCAACUCCAAUGGAGGUUAAUGCAAAACUAUGUUCAGGAAUAGGCAAGGAGUUAGAAGACAUGACAAUGUAUAGACAAUUGGUAGGAAGUCUAAUCUAUCUCACGCUAACCCUACCAGAUAUUACCUAUGCAGUUAGUGUGAUUAGUCGGUUCAUACAGAAACCGAAGAAACCUCACAUGGAAGCUAUAAAGCGAAUAUUGAGGUAUGUCAAAGGAAGUAUUGAUUAUGGUAUCCUUUACCGUAAUGAUAGAAAAUUUGAAGUUAUUGGAUAUUGUGAUGCUGAUUAUGCUGGAGAUCUUGAUACACGUCGAUCAACUACUGGUUAUGUGUUCAAGCUGGGUUCUGGAGCAGCUUCAUGGUGUAGUAAAAGACAACCAACAGUGUCAUUGUCAAGUACGAAAGUAGAGUAUCGAGCAUCAGCGAUGGCAACACAUGAAUGUGCAUGGCUCACCCAGCCACUAAAGGAUUUACAUCAGCUUGUUGACUAUGGUGUCAAGUUAAGUUGCGAUAAUCAGUCAGCUAUACGACUAGCUGAAAAUCCUUUCCACUUAAAUAUACCUCGAAUUCUCUACAACUUUUAUUUUCUAUUAGAUUUUAUUCCUACAAUUAAAUAUAAUAGCUAA